UAUAAUGAGUAAUGAUUAACCAUUUGAAGAUGUCGAUCAAUUUCUUCAUCCCCUAGCCACAUAAUAGACCAUUCCGAAUAUGCUAUAACAGGCUAUCACAUAAGACUAACUUCUAGCUUAAAAUGUUCGAUUAUUGCAGCAAUUACAUGAGCAAUAGAGAAUGUUAAAUCUGUAGAGCAUCUUUACGAAUAACAUGCUUAUGAAUCCCUUGAUUCAAUAACAGGUGAACUAGGAAAGUAAGAAAAUAAAGAAAGUCAAUAAGACAAUCAAAACAAUACCUUCUACUACAAGUCUUAAGGAUUGCGCUUAACCAAUCUAGGAAAUCAAAGGAAAUGUGAAAAAUGCCUACAUCAAGAAAAUCACGUCCUUGCUAAGUGUGGAAGGAGACAAGUUGCUGGAUGAGGACUUACAAGAAGACUUGGAUUUGGAGAGCUAUUCGGAGGUGUAAGAUAAAAGUAAAUUGGCAGGCCUUUUGGGUUCAAACAACGAUUUAUUGAAUAGUGAAUCAAAAAACAAAAGAUUGAGACAAAGUGCCAAAAAUUCUAGACUUCGAAAAAAGGUUUAUUUGAAAUUGCUUGAAAAGAAAGUAGUUUUAUUCUGUAACUAUAUUUAGGUUUCCGAAUUGGAUCAACAAAUCCAAGAGUACAAAAAAACAACUAGAUAAUCAUUUGAGUACCUGACUCAAAUAUUGCAAUCGCAUCCCAUUUUAAAUAGCAUGAUUAUAGGGAAUUCGGCAGCAAUUGAUUAAGUGUUGGAAUGUUCCUCAUCUGAUUAAGCCCAAUUGGUAUUGGAUUCAUAUUUAGUAAUGAAAUCAUUCUAUUGUGAUAGAUGAGAUACGGUACUUGUGGGAUCAAAAGGAGAGAUUACGUUAAAUAUGCAGUUAAAAAUAUACAGAAGAACUUUCUCAAAGGCAAUUAUGGACUCCAACUUAUGAGUUGGAAUUAAUAAAUUUAAAAUUGUAAAGAGUAUUGUAUUUAUCAAAUUAGAUGACAGUGAAUUCAAUCAAUAUGUGGAAAUCGUUAAAGAAGAGGCCAAACUUGAAGACGACAAUCUUGUUUAUAGUGUGCUACCUACUAUCGAUAAGAUGCUGAACCAUCGCAAAAUGUCUUAAUAGUAUGAAUGAAUCUAACCCUAGAUUAUUACUUAAAUUUAAUUAGGAUAUCAAAAACUUAAAAUUGAAUUAACAAGAGAUUGAGGAAACAAUUAAUCAGUUUACAUAAUCAUUAUCUCCCAUCUAACAUUUAGAAUUCAUAAAAUAGGUGGAGAAGGUGGGGACUUUCAAUCGUUUUAGUAAAUGAUCAAUAAUAUAUUAUGUCUU